AUGCUUCGGUCGAGUUGUGGUAUCAGCACUUUCCAGAAUGCGAUUUCAACGGGGUUUUUAGGCCCCAAAUUGGGCCACUCAGCGGUAACUACAAGUAUAAGAAUGAUGAGCAGAAACUCGAGCAAUUUUCUCAAAGUUGGAGCUGCCACUCGGUUGCAGACCAUCAAUUGCGUCCAUCAACUGAGAUGGCAACAUACAGGGCCUGCGAAAAAUGAGCAAUCGUUGACGCAGGGCGAAGGAAGCGCAUCUGGGUGGAAAGACAUAAAACGAUUGUUCCAGCUGGCCAAACCCGAAUCCAGAUCGAUGUUUCUGGCACUGGCAUUGAUCAUUGUCUCGAGUUCUGUAAGUAUGCUUGUCCCCAGCGUAAUCGGGAAGCUGAUGGACGUUGCCAAAGAAGAAGAUUCUGACAAUUCAGAAGAUUCGGAAAACUCCAGUCCGACUCCAAUCAUGGAUAAGCAGAUCUUCGGGCUUACCAUGCCACAGUUCUACGGUACUCUAUUUGGCCUGUUCGUUGCAGGGGCAAUGGCAAAUAUGGGAAGAAUUGUGAUUCUCAAAGUAACCGGAGAAAAACUAGUGGCACGCUUGCGUACAAGGACACUCAAGGCAUCAUUGCAGCAGGAUGCGACGUUUUUAGAUAACAACCGGGUGGGAGAUCUGAUCUCGAGAUUGUCUUCAGAUGCCAGUAUCGUGUCCAAGUCGCUAACCCAAAACAUGUCGGACGGAACGCGAUCCUUGAUACAAGGAUUUGUUGGAUUUGGCAUGAUGAGCUACAUAUCUUGGAAGUUGACCUGUGUUAUGAUGGUGCUAGCCCCGCCUUUGGCUGCUAUGGCUUUGAUCUACGGUAAAAGAAUACGAAACCUCUCACGUUCAUUGCAGGCGUCCGUGGGUGGUCUUACAAAGGCCGCAGAAGAACAACUUUCAGCAACAAGGACAAUCCAGGCUUACGGCGGUGAAAAACAGGCAAUUCACCAGUACGCAAAGGAAGUGCGAGAAGUUUACGAAAUUGGAUUCAAAGAGGCACUUACUUCCGGUGGAUUUUUUGGGCUCACAGGAUUAGUGGGUAACGUUGCAGUUUUGGCCUUGCUCUUGACAGGCACAUCAAUGAUCCGUUCUGGGGCCCUCACGGUUGGAGACCUUUCCAGUUUUAUGAUUUACGCGGUUUACACAGGAGGAUCCUUGUUUGGGAUGUCAUCUUUCUACUCGGAACUGAUGAAGGGCGCAGGUGCUGCAGCUCGAGUGUUCGAACUCAACGACCGUCGACCUUUGAUUCAUCCUACUCGCGGGAUCAGCCCUGGAUCCUUGGCUGGCAAAACUAUCGACUUCAACCACGUCAAAUUCGCAUAUCCAACGCGUCACCAGCACAUUAUAUUUCAGGAUUUAAACAUACGCAUACAUGCUGGCGAACAUGUAUGUAUAGUGGGACCAUCGGGUGGCGGUAAGUCUACGGUUGCUUCUUUGCUCCUGCGCUUUUACGAUGUUAACGAGGGCAGCAUCACUAUAGGCGGACAGGAUAUCCGGAAUUUCAAUCUGCGCAAAUACAGACGCCUACUGGGCGUCGUGCAGCAAGAACCACUAUUAUUCAACGGCACCAUUCUCGACAACAUCCUGUAUACGGUACCGGAACACAUCAAACAAGAUGAGACGCUGGUUUCGCAGGCCAUUGGCCGGGCCAAUUGUUCUGCAUUUUUGGCCAGUUUUCCCGACGGUUUGCUAACGCUUGUUGGACCUCGGGGCGCUCAAUUGUCUGGUGGUCAAAAGCAACGGAUUGCUCUUGCACGGGCGUUCUUACUCGAUGCUGACCUUUUGAUUCUAGAUGAGGCCACGAGUGCGUUGGACUCCCGCAGUGAGGAGAUUGUUGCGCGCACGCUAUACUCACGUAGCGCUCGGGGCAAGACCACGGUUUCAAUUGCUCACCGUGUGAGUACAAUACAGCAUAGCUCGCGUGUGGUUGUCCUAGACCGAACUGGGAGGGUGGCAGAAACUGGCACCUUCGAUGACCUCAUCGCCGAUCCCGCUUCGCAGCUAAACAAGCUCUUGCGCAAAGAAGAAGAAACCCCAGAAGAAACUGCUCAGCAGGAGAAUCCAGUACGGGCAGCAGACGCUGUAGAAGGGAAAUCAACCCAGCCGUUUCGUCCAGCUUAA